UGGCCGCUAAUGCACGGACGCAGAAAAAUCUUUUCACACUUGCAAAGAGACGCAUGCGCGUAGAGGGAACCAACUGGCUUGUGUCAAGUCGAGGCAGACGGAUGUGAUCGAGCCAAAAAUCACCUGUAUUCUGGCAUUCAUGGUGACACAUCCAUGGGCUCAGAGCGGGUGGAAAUGCGUAAGAGACAGAUGCAGGUUCAUCAGGAAGCAGCUGCCAGUGUCCUCCAAGCGCGCCACAGCAUGGGAAACACCCCCACCAACGCCUCAAACGCCUGCUGCUUCUGCUGGUGCUGCUGCUGUAGCUGCUCCUGUUUGACUGUUAGGAGUGAAGAUGAAACAAUACAGAGGACCACGUUUGAGCGCAGGAUGGAGGGAACCAAUAAUUGCGAAGAAAGCCUGAAGCCCACUCUGGAAGACGCUCGCUGCUGGUCAAUUUCAUUUGAAAAGGUGAUGAAAAGUGCAGCCGGGCGAAGCUGCUUCAGGCAGUUCCUGAGGACAGAGUUCAGCGAGGAGAACAUGAUGUUUUGGCUCGCGUGUGAGGAGCUCAAGAAGGAGACCAACAAGACUGUGGUGGAGGAGAAAGUCCGUCAAAUCUACGAGGACUUCAUCUCCAUCCUCUCCCCUAAAGAGGUCAGUUUGGACUCGCGCGUCCGAGAGGUGAUAAACCGCAAUAUGCUCGAGCCGACUUCGCAAACGUUCGACGACGCUCAGCAGCAGAUCUACACGUUGAUGCAGAGAGACUCGUACCCUCGCUUCAUCAACUCGUCCGCGUACACGGAUCUGCUCAAGAGCCUGGAGGAGCCUCCCCCCGAGGCGUAGACUCCCCACUGCCACACAAGUUAGCUUUCUGGCACACGCAACCCCGCCCCCCCCACCCGAAGGAGUUGCGCGCUCAUGUCGGAGUACUGCUAUUUAGAGAAAGACAGACAGGAAAAUGAACACUACUUAAAACCGGUCUUUAUCCAGCUGUAACUGCUGUUUAUUUACCCAUGAUUAGCUUACCAAAACCCUCGGAGCAAACAAGAACAAAUGCUAAGUUCAGCAUCAGUUCAGAAACAUAUCUAUAUUUUUAUAUAUUCCCUAGCGCUUGACAUUGCACUUUUCUACCUUGUUUAAUGAGGGAACGCAUGUUAUCUGUGAGCACUGCAUUUGUAUUUAGGUAUAUCGUGAGCCUUAAUGCAUAUCCAGUUCUUGUAGAAACUCGUAGGUUUUAUUUAACGGUAACUUAAGAAGAAGGAAAGUGCCUUGGUAAAUAAGAUCUUCUACACGAGCACCUUUGGUCUAACAUGAACGGUGCGACUUCACAUGUUGGUGCUUUCAGCUCUUCUCAAAGACAAAAGUUUUUACAAUUCGACGAGCUGAUACCCGGAUAUAGAUCUUGUCUGUGCGUUUCAAUACUGUGAUAUUUAGUCAUAUAUUUAAUUUGAACAAAACAGGGAAAGAUAAAAAUGAACACAUGACCAUGACCACUGAUAUAUUUGUGUAUUUAAAAAAUUUUAAUUUGUGUUAAAUAGUUAUUUGAAUUCUCACAAAUUAAAUAAAGCACAAUCAUAUGUUGUUUUCGCUGUCCUGUGUGAACGUUCACAGACUAAUUUACACUCUCUUAAGCCAAUAUUCAUUAUUAGGUGCUUUGAGCGUGGAUUGCAUAUAAAGCUGCCUAUGUGCGGUUUGCACAAGCUUUACAUUGAGAAAUAAUUGACUUUAAAAAAAUCUUUUAUAAAUUCACCGUUCCAUGUGAAGAACACUAGGUGUGUGAGGUGUUGUGAAAGUCCUAGUUUUUGUUCUUAAGCUGGUUGUUUCAUCUGUAAGCAAAUUGAAAGCCCUAUUAUUAUAUUUACAUUAAUGUAAAAUGGAAAAAAAAAAAAAAACUAACAAGAAAUACUUAAAUUUUAAGAAGCUGGAAGCAACAGAUAUUUGGCAACUUGGCUUCAUAAAAUGCAUUAAUUAAAUUAUUUUCUUGAUUAGCUACUAAACUUAGCACCACUACACGUUAACUAUAUUAAUGGGGGAAAAAAACAUUUAACAGGCCAUUUAUUGUGAGACAGCAGGUAUUAAACCAUAAUGUGCAGCCCUAGUUAUUUUCGAAACAUACAUUUCCUGUGAGAAAUGGCUCGUCUCAAUGGCAAAUAGCUUUACAAUCAAGCAACUAAUGUUACUCUACUGUAACACUGAGGGUUGUGUGUGGCUCCAGGUCAGGAUGCAGCAUCCUUUUUUUUUUUUUUUUUUAA